CUGUAUGCGCUGCGCAGCACCGUGCCAUAACGUUCCAUCGCACUGGCACGUCCGACAUUUUUUGACUGUUCCUACAUCCACCACUACACUGCGACUGGCAGUGGACAGCAUACGAAAGCCUUGCCCAAAUGUUCAGAAACGCCACGCGCAAGAUCGCGCACAAUACGACCUUGCCUGGGCUCGCGGGUAAGCAGGACUUGCGUUCUCUCCAGGACCUCAUUAUCGCGGAGAAGGCGGUUCUCAACUCAUUACAGAGACUCAGCGCGGACUUCGCGCGGGCGUCCGAGGCUCUCAGGCUAUGGGGACAGGGCGAGGGAGACGACCUUGGGGACACCCUCACUGCCUCCAAUGCCCUCCUCGUCCACUUCUCCUCGGCGCUGUCUGUAUAUGCGAGCCAUGAAGGCACGAUCCGCGAGCAGAUGAAGGCUAUCCGAACACGCGAGGAGAACCUCGAUGAGCUCAAAAGACGGCGCAAGUCCGUCUUCUCCGACGCAGAGGCUGCUGAGCGCAAGCUGAGCAAGAUGAACCCCGAAAACAAGAACCUGCAACAGCAAACCGAUCAUCUCAAUCGACUGCGAGAGGACAUUCGCCAGAUGGACGCCGACAUCACGGCGGAGGAGGCGAACUUGGGCGACUUCAAGCGGUCGACUGUCCGAGCGUGGAUGGGGAGGAAGUUUGGUGGCUUGCUAGAAUGUUGCGAGAAGGGCGCCAUUGUUGGCGAGCUGGGCAAGCUCGUGAUCUCGGAAAUCCCACUUGAGCAAACACAGCCGGGCCUCCCGCGACCGUACUACGCAGGCCAUGCACGUACUGAGUUCCUUGUCGCGGAGGCGGCGCGAUCUGUCUCGGAAGUCACCUAUUCGCCUGAACCUGACCCGAACCCCUCACAUCGAACAAUACGACCGCUUCCAGGCCGCGAGCUAUCCCCAGUCCCUUCUCCAACCGAGCAGCAUCAAAUGUCGUCCGCGUCCUCAACAAACAAUCCGUAUCUACAAGGCCCUCCACAGUCAGGCUAUGCUCCAUCACCUGCUCCUGGAGCCUACCCCGGCCUUCCUCAAGUCGAAGAGGGCGACUUCUCCUUUGGUCAACUCAUGGCACCGGACUUUGCAUCCCAAUCACCCGUGCUCACCAACUCUUCCGUCAACGAGUUCGGGACAUACUCCUCACCUCCCGUCUCUAACCAACCAAGCACUAUUGGUGGCAUUGACCGUGACAAGGCGGCAAGUCCUCGUGGUGGCCGAUUCGCAACAUUCCCUGUAAAGGCUGCCGGUCCUCGCCCCCCGCCAGGUGGCCCGUCUCAAUUCACGAACCCGUACAUCAGUGCCCCACCAAUGCAAGGCGGCGACCGCGCUCCCUCUAUCGAGCUCGACCGCAGCAAUCACGAGUCGUUCUCGUCAAGCGUCGCCCAGGCCUUAGGCAACGGUGGGUUGUCCCUCGACGGCGCGUCUGGCAGCGGGUCUGGUCCGAACGCCAGCUCGGGCCGCUACCAGCCCGCACGCGACGCGCCUCCGCAGGACGUCAAGGGCGGCGACUUCGGCCCGCAGCGGUACUCCCCGCCCCCGCCCAUGUAUACGCCCUCGAACGGGCAAGGGCUUCCCGAAGGCGCUGCUCCCUCGCAACCCCCUACCGCGAUGCAGGCGUUGGGCGUGCCCGAGCAGCGCAACGGGAAGGAUGCGAUGCGCCCGCAGUCCGCGUACGACGAGGACGAGGGGCUCGCGUACAUGUCUCCAGGGCAGGGGCUUGGGAACGGGUCGGCCGAGUCUCUGUCCGAUUCUGGAGACAGGCGGGUGAGAUUUGGGGGUGUCAGCGACAUGGACACCGAGCUGGAGAAGCGUCAUGAGGAGCAGGAGGCGCAGCAGCAACAGUCGCACCCACAGCAGCAGACACCACCGGGACAAAGAUACGCGCGCGUACCGGUCCCUGCGAUGGACGCGGGCGCGAAUGAGUACCAGAAUGGACGGACUUCGGGAGAAGAGCAAUCGACGAUUCCAUCGCCUCAGCAACCCGCGUCUCCCGUGCGCUCCGAUUCAGCUCCGCGGGAACCGUCACCCCAAAAUCCGCCUCCGCCAGAGCAACGUGCGCGUACCCCACCCACGACUGAAGCCCUCAUGGAUGAGGACGAAUUGAAUGCUGCGGCCGCUCGUGAGGUAUCUCGCGAGCUUGACGCACUGAUGAUCAGCUCCCCAACGAUAUCGCCCAUUCAGGACAAGCCUCCUCCAUCCCCUCUCUCGAGUCGUCCGUACGGGGCUUCGCCUUCACCUUUCAACAGGCAGAGGCGCGACCCCUCUCCGCUGCCACCCGUGAACACGGCGACGGCGCAACCAACGAGCCCGAAGCUAGAGAACAUGUACGUCCGCGAGCGCGACCGGUCCAUUGGCACGCCCGUGGGUAGGAAGAUGUCGCAAGACGUGAUUCCUCCCGCGCCCGUCUCGCCAACGCUCAGUGACGGCAGCGGACAACAGCGUCCCUCACUCAGCGCCCAAGACUCGGACGGAACGCCGUUCCGCACGCCCCUGGGCACACCCUCUGGUCUCCCGGGGGGCUCGAGCUCUAUGUACAACCUGCCCGCCACGACGGGAUCUGGCACGUCGUUCUCGGCGCAGGGCGGCACGCGCACUAUCUCGGCGGCUGCUUUCAGGCGACAGCAGCAGCAGGCCCCGCCGCGCAACUUCAGCAGCGAAAGCGUCGGGCUCGCUGACAUCAGCCCGCUAAACGUGAAGAAGCGUCCGCUACCCACGUCUCCGUAUCCGUCGUCGUUGGGGGUUGGGCUUGGGCCGGGGGCGGGGCCGAACCAGGGCUUGCGGUCUGUAUCGUCCCCGCAGCCCGAGGCGCCGCGUAUUUCUACCCUUGAGGGGGAGGACGACUUUGACUACAUUUCUGCCUACACGGACGACCCGAAUCGGGGGUCAGGGUAUGAAUCUGGAAGGUUCGCGACGAACCUCGAGGGGGAGAGCAUCCGGUGAACUGGUUGAUGCGAUGCGGACUUCCAUUUCCAUGUAUUCCUUCCAUCAACUCGAUUUGUCUUGUUUAGCGGCUCGAACGAACCCAUGCCACAUGUUCGUCUAUAACAUUGUAUUCGUACAAUAACAUCUAUUCUCACAUGUUGUCGGCUCACCGCUAUCCUGUGUUUCGUUGGGACCGACCUAGACACAAGGGAGCUUCCGCAGAAGCACUGCUUGUGUUCCGCCCAUGUUCCACCUCCGAUUCACCUCGGAAGCGACUUAGCCUUCGCGGCGAGAUUAUGUCUCGCGGCCGCAACUACAAUGCUCCCAAGCCCAGCCGCGAGGGCGCAUGAACCGACGAAUAUCUCGACAGCACCGUAUCCUGCGCGACCGUAAUGCUUUCCGAAAGUUGUGGAUGACUUCCCUGCCUGGAGGAGGAUGCCGGAGAGAAUGGGGCCUAUGACGGCGGAUACCCCCUUGAACGCGGCUGUUCCUGCAUAAGUGAUGUCUGCAUUUUCAGGAUUACGACCUGCGCAAUCGACCGCGGCGUUUGGCCAGACGGCGGAGAAACCGCCGCUGAGUGCUCCGAAGAUGAUUGCAAAUGGGUAAAUCAGCGCCGGACCUUGUGCGAAACCCCAGAGCAGGAACGCGGCGAGGGCGCUGCCGAGCGAGCUGAAAAGCAUGACCCACGGGUAUGCGUAGCGAUCGGUGAGCCAGCCGAGGAAGACCUGACCGACGACUCCAGCAGAGUUGAAGAGCGAGAGGAUGAUUGUCGCCGUGAGCGGCGUGGAGAGAUUUUGUGUGAAAGAUGCGAUGUAGAGGGAGACCGGAAAGUACGAGAGCCCUUGGACGAGGCAGGUGAGCGAGAAGCUCAGCCAGAGCGGGCUCUUGAAGUACCGCAUCUGCGGCACGAUGAGCCUCGGCCGUUGCUGCCCAGGUGCGCGCUUUGGUACGGGGAUACGCGGGCGCACGCCAAGGAACGCGAUGCCCGUUAAAGUGCAGGUCAUGAUGGCCCAGAUGCGCAGGGUCCAGGGAAGGCCGACUUUGCUCAGAAGCGCAUUGAGCAGAAACGGGAAGACGAAGCCGCCAACGCCAGUACCAGCGAAGAUGAUGCCACCCGCAAGACCGCGGCGCUCAGAGAACCAUUGGGGUAGCCAGAUCAUGGUAGGGAGGUAUACAAAGCCCCCGCUGAAACCCAGCCCAACGCCUUGUAGCAGGAUCAGCUGCCACACCUGGGUUGCAAAGCUAGAGCAGAAGAGACAAACAAAGUAAAGCACGAGUCCUAGAGACAUCGCCGGCCUCAUGUACUCUGGAUAACGUCGAAAGAAAACUGUCAGGAGAAGGACCUCUCCGUAUUGGAUGCCAAGCCCGACGGUACCCACUGCUGCAAUGGCGACUGGAGAUGAGGUGUCGAAAGGUGGGUGUGUAGUGUAGUAAUCUUGAAAGAUACCAUAGCUGAAGAGGAAGCCCCAAAUGAGGGUCUCGACUAUGAAGCUGCAAGCACAGAAGCCCCAAGCCCCCAAGCCAUGGUCGACGGGAGCAAGCUCCUGAAUGACAACCCCUUCACGACCAUCGGGAUGUUCGAGCACCGCUACGUCGGCGAGGGGUCCAUGGGUCGUUACCGAGGAGGCACCAGUAGAAACAUCCUGCUUCGAUUCAUCGAAGUCGUCUUUUGCGAGUCAAAGUUACACGGAACCAGCCUCCCUUAGUACCCUCGCGCC